AUCCACAUCAUUUUCCAUUUUCCAUGGUUAAAACAAAAGCAAAACACUAUUAUUGUCUAUUAUUAAUAAUAAUAAUAAAAAAAAAACAGUAGUCGUGUACCUAAAUUAAUCCACCCAAACAGAUUUAUCUACAUUUAUUUCUAAUUUCAAUUAUAAAUUGACCCCAUUACCCGAAUUAGACAUUUGUUUAUGUAUAAAGACUUGGAGAGUAAAGACACACACUUCGAAUUGACUACUACAUUGACUUCUCUACUUCUCUCUCAUCAUAAAUCCAUGUCGGUUUCCGGCGUAGGCUACCUCGCCGGCGCCGGAUUAUCAUCGACACCACUGACGUUUUUCGGAACCGCCUCAUCGCGGCGGCGACCGGCGGCAGUUGUUGCAGUCAACUUAGAGCGCAAGCUUAAUUCAUGGUCGGCUUCCGCCGCAACAACCACCGUAACGCCGAUGGUAGGAGUGGCGGUGAAUCAGGACGAUAAUCAUAUCAAUGGAAAAGCCGUGAUUUCCGGCGCCAUUGAAGUGGAACAGGAAGUUCAAAGGAGUUGGAGAGAUUACUUUGAAUUGGCUAAGCUUUUCAUCGGAUCUGACGGUGGAGGUUGCCGUGGUCCGCCUCGUUGGUUUUCGCCAUUGGAGGGUGGGAGUAGAAUCGACAACUCUCCUCUUCUUCUUUACUUGCCCGGACUUGAUGGUCUUGGAUGUGGACUUGUUUUACAACAGCAAAAGCUAGGCAAGAUUUUUGAUGUAUGGUGCUUGCACAUACCUGUCAAGGACCGAACUCCAUUUCAAGAAUUGGUAAUGCUGGUAGAGGAAACUGUUAGAUCAGAGUAUGGUCGUUCUCCUGGGAGACCCAUAUAUCUUGUUGGCGAAUCAAUGGGAGGAUGUCUUGCAUUAGCUGUGGCAGCUCGAAACCCUGAUACUGAUCUUGUACUCAUUUUGGCUAAUCCUGCUACUUGUUACAACAAGUCACACCUGCAAUCUCUGUUACCUCUACUGGAAGUUAUCCCUAAUGAGCUUUCUCUGAUUAGUUUACCAUACACCCUCAGCCUAAUGACAGGUGGGCCCUUUAAUCUGAUCUCAUCUAGUGUGGGGAAAGGGAUUGAACAACAAGCAACAUUGGAACAACUUUCUCAAGGUCUUGGUGAGCUGUCAUCAUACUUUUCUGUCUUGGCUGAUAUCCUUCCUAGAGACACACUUUUGUGGAAGCUGCAGAUGAUGAAAUCAGCUUGCUCAUAUGCCAAUUCCCGUUUACAUGCUGUCAAAGCUCAGAUUCUAAUUCUGGCCAGUGGAAGGGAUCCACUACUGCCAAGUUUGGAGGAAGCAGAAAGGAUUCGUGCAUCUUUACCAAAACAAGAGAUUUAUGUGUUGAAGAACAGUGGUAAAAUGUCAAAGUGUGAGAUCCGCAAAUUCAACGAUUCUGGUCAUUUUCUCUUCCUGGAAGAUGGUGUUGAUUUAGUGACCAUUAUAAAGGGCACAAGUCUCUAUCGCCGUGGUAAAUUCCAUGACUAUGUUUAUGACUAUUUGCCUCCCACCAAAGCUGAAUUUAAGAAAACAGCUGAAUCAUUCAGAUGGCUUGAAAUUGCUACUGGACCAGUGAUGCUCUCUACUUUGGAGAAUGGUGAUAUUGUGCGAGGCCUUGCAGGAAUUCCUAGUGAAGGUCCUGUUAUAUAUGUUGGAUAUCACAUGAUACUGGGUUUGGAGAUUUAUCCACUAGUAAUGAAUUUUAUGUCAAAGAGAAAUAUCCUCAUGAGGGGGCUUGCACAUCCUAUGAUCUUUGCAAAGGUGCAAGAAGAUGCCCUGGAUUUAUCUAUGUUCGAUUCAUAUAGGAUCAUGGGUGCAGUUCCAGUCUCGGCCAGUAACUUCUACAAGUUGCUUUCCUCAGGUUCUCACAUUCUUCUGUAUCCAGGAGGAAUGCGUGAAGCUCUUCAUAAAAAGGGUGAGGGAUAUCAGUUAUUUUGGCCAGAAAGGUCUGAAUUUGUGAGAAUGGCUGCUAGAUUUGGAGCCAAAAUUAUACCGUUUGGGGCUGUUGGAGAAGAUGACAUUUGUGAGAUUCUACUAGACUCAGAAGAUCAGAUGAAGAUUCCAUAUCUCAGAGAAACCAUAGAAAAACGAACUACUCAGAUUCAGUUAAGGACUGACAUGGAAGGGGAAGUUGCAAACCAACCUGCGUAUUUACCAGGGCUUCUGCCAAAACUUCCUGGCCGUUUCUAUUUUCUGUUUGGUAAACCAAUUGACACAGCAGGGAUGAAACAGGAAUUGAGCGACAGAGAGAAAGCUCAUGAAGUAUAUUUGCAAGCGAAGUCAGAGGUUGAGCGUUGCAUCUCGUAUUUAAAGGAGAAAAGGGAAAAAGAUCCCUACCGGAGUCUUGCUGCCCGAACAUUGUACCACACCAUUCAUGGUUCUGCGGAUGAUGCUCCUACAUUCGAGCUUUAACUAUUAGUUACAUAAUUACAAAUGGUCCAGGCAUCAUGCAUGCUUCCUACACAGCAAAAAAGACCUUUACAACAAAAAAAAUCUGGCAAUCGAUCGGUGACUCAAUUCUUUCUCUUAUUAAUACAGGGUUAAAGCUUCAACUUCGUAUUGGUUGAAAAUAACAUUAUGUAACUGCUGUAUCGGUUUUUAUUCUUUUCAAUAUUUAAAUAUAGAUAUAGUAAUUAGUACUGUUAAAUAUUUUCAUAAUAUACCAAUUAGUUGUUGGUGUAGUGGUGAUUGGGACUACACUUGGUAGGGAGGACCCGUGUUCGAUCCCCCGCAACAACAAUCGGAAUUCGGAUUAGCCCAAAGGGUGAACCGGAUGGAACACCAAAAAAAAAAAAAUAUAUAUUUUCAUAAUUAAAGACUAGUUAACGUGUAAGCAUUGAAACACCUUCCAUAAUAAUUGAUCAAUUAUGCAUAUAUAGUGUUCAAUUUGACUACUCUACUAGCUUAAUUCUCCAACAAUUUUUUUCAAGGUUUAUGUGCUAAGUUUAUUAUUUGUUUAAAUAACAUAUUCUAUUUUCUAUUAUUGCCCGUCUAACGGUUCCUUUAAAAAAAAAAAAAAAAAAUCUCUUUCUAAGAGUAAGGUCAAUAUUCGAUUCAAAAUUUGGCCUGAAAAUAGAAUACAAUAGUAUAAUGCAAUGUAAAGAAUUAUGAAAGUGAGGGAUAGUUUAGUUGGUUUGAGAUUACAAACUUACAAAGGUAAAUAAGUGAGUUGAUUAUUUAUUCCCUUUUAAUUUUGUUUUUGUUUUUUUGUUUGUUUCAUUAUAAUUUAUGCCCCUUGAAUGGGGAUACAUUCCAAUGCACAAAUUUGACUUAC